UAAUAUAGAGUAAGUGAGUAAAGUUAAAGUAUAUACAUUUAUAUUUAGACAUACCCUAUAACUUGGAAGACAUUAAUUGGUAAGCAUGGAAUGUGUUAGAUUUUACUUUUAGAAACUAUAUUUUAUUUUACAGAAAACUUUUACUCAGUGUGUCCAGAAGUAUUAAGCCGUCAUAUAGCAAAACGUUGUAAAAAUAAAAUAGUGUUGGAUCCUUUUUGUGGAGCAGGCGGAAAUAUAAUCCAACUAGCAAUGACAUGCAAAAAAGGUAUUAUUAGUACAAUGUAAUAUAAUAAGUAUAAUUAAUUAAGUAUAUUAAUAAAAUUAUUUAUAUUUAGUUAUAGCAGUUGAUACUGAUCCAAUCAAGAUACAAUUAGCACGUCAUAAUGCCGAGAUCAUGAACUAAGAUAUAUCUUAGUUCAUGGCCGAGAUAUAUGGUGUUGCUGAUAAAAUUGAAUUUAUAGUUAGUGACUUGUUUUUAAUUUAUCCAAAGUUAAAAUUUGAUAUAGUAUUCAUGUCACCACCAUGUGGAGGACCAGAAUAUUCAAUUAAUAAAAGCUAUAGUAUUGAGUCUAUGUGCCCCGAUAAUUUUGGAGGAAGUUUUGGUAUUUUCAACAUUGUUAAAGCUAUAGCGCCUAACAUAGCAUUUCAUAUGCUGAAAACUACAAAUAUAUUUGAAGUAAAAUACUUGAUUUAUGGUGUUAAGUAUAAACUAAACUUAAUAUUAUAAUUUUUUAGUACAUGCGGACCAUGCGGUUGGGAAGUGGUUUUGGAAAAGUGGAAAUUCAGCAAAAUAUUAUUAAUAGAAAGCUGAAUUCACUUACAGCAUUUUAUGGAAACUCCCACUGGAGUAACUGACAGUUGUCAGUGAUUAUUUAACAUUGUUUACAUUUAAUAAUUUAUUAUUUUUUAUUACUUAGAAUUAAGCUAUUUUCUUCA